AUGGUAAGUGAAUCUCAACUUGUUAAACGUUUUGGUGAAUUAUCAACAUCACAACAAAGUGUUGAAACAUUAUCAUUAUUUCUUAUGCAUCAUCGUCGUCAAUCACAAACAAUUGUUCAUGUUUGGGCAAAAGAAUUAGUUAGUGCAACAACAGAUAGAAAAAUUGCAUUUCUUUAUGUUGCUAAUGAUGUUAUUCAACAUGAUAAACGUAAAGGUGGUGAAUUCGUAAAAGAUUUUCUUCCAAUGCUUGCUUCAGCUGUACAACAUAUUGUUAGUCAAGUUGAUGAUGAAAAUAUUCAUAAAACUGUUAAAAGAAUUAUUCAAAUAUGGAAUGAACGACAAAUUUAUCAACCUGAUGCAAUUAAAUUACUUAAAACAAGUUAUGAAAAUGGAAUUCAGAAAAAAGAUUCUGAUGAUGAAGAUGAUGAUGAUCCAACAAAUGGACAUGGUAAACGUAAACGAAUUGAACCAUCAUCAACAUCUGCAAAUAAUUCCAAACGACGACGGAAACCUAAACGAAAAUUAUCUCUUCGUGAAGAAAUUCGUCGUGAUUUAGCAAUUAAUCCUAUACCAGUGCCAGUUGUUGAUGAACUUAUUAAAAUGUUACAAGAAUUAGAAAAUUCUCCAUCAUCUGAUGCUGAUGUACGAGAAAAAAUAGCUGCAUUACCAAUUGAAGUUAGUGAUUCAAAUCUAUUAAAAAAUCUUCGUGAUAAACAAGAAGCAACAGAUUUAUAUAAACUUGUUCAAAUGGCACAUGGUCUACUUGAAGAAUAUAAUUUACGUUUAGAAAGUGAAUUACGUUCACGUCGUUAUGCAGCUAAAAUGUUACAAGGUUAUAUUCAAGCACAAGAUCGACAAAUUGAAUAUGAAGAAAAACUUUUAGAAGAUUAUAAAAAUAAAUUAUCAAAAUUAAAUUUAAUUCGUGAAGAAAUUGAAAAACAUAAAAAGAAUUUACCACAAGAUGUUAAUAAUAUGCAAGUAGCACCAUUGCCUAGUGCUGGUGAUCUAUUUGCAAGAUAA